AUGCCUGACACUACCAAAAUGCAAUCCUCCGCGCAAAGGGAAGCACCCAGUAAGAACAGGGCUCCUGAAAUGGAUCGAUCCCAAUUCAAACUGAGCGAUGGCCGUCUCACUUUCAGACCCACCGAUGGGACUAGCUACGCGUCUCAAGACCCAGUUUAUUCAGCACUGCAGAAAUUGGGUAAUGGGCAACCUUCUUCGGCUGGAUUGAAUAGUCCGCCGAUCAAGAAAGAAUUUCCCGAUGAGAACGCCCAGCAAAUCAAAACCUGGGACAAAUUCAAGCCACCGUUGGCCAUCAAACAAGAACCCGGAAUCAAACAGGAACCAGACAUCAAAAUGGAACUGCAGGAGUUCAAACAUGCUCACCGAGGCCGUCUCGUCAUUGACCUUACAGAAGAAGACGAUGAUUUGUCAACUCCAAAACGUCCAAUUCCGGGCCCGGCAUUAUUGAUGGCAAUUUACCAGCGCCAGAAGGCUGCAAAAAAACCAAUUGACUCGCCAAAGAUCAGCGAUCCGUUCCUUGAGGCAGACGAGGAUGAUGUUUCUGGUUUCAAUGAAUACCAGAAACAGUUCCAAAGCCUGCAAAACCCCUCCAUCGAACAACAAAUUGAGUUUGAGAAACGGAGGGAGGAAGAACUACAGCGAAGAAGAAAGGUCAAGAAUGACAAGCUCUGUGCCCUCAAUGCUCAAGUGGAAUCGGGAGAGAGGUCCGAUGGCGAGAAUAUUUCUUCUGGCUUGGAAGGACAGCCUCAACCCAGAGAGUCUCAGCCCCAAGCACAAACUGAGCCAUACUCCAAACAGCCUGCUACCGCAAAGCGACCAACUACAAGAGUUUCAAAAUUCAAGAUCCAAAAGGCCAAACGACUUGGUCUUCUUCAGUUGCUUUCGAAGGAAGGUGCUCGAAAACGUGAGCAGGCCGACGAGACUGAGGCUGAAACAGAACAAGGACCUGGCGCAAAAGGAGCGCAGAAGAAGCCUCGUCCGCCCACAGCAUUGUCCAACAAAGAGAUACGGAGUAUUUUCAGUAACGACGAUGGCCACAAAACAGCAAAGGGUCCCUUACCCCCCGUCGCAGAAAAGGCUGGAGCACGUGCUGACAUCUCUAUCUUGGACGAAGCGACCCGGACUUUCACUCCAUCCGCAAGGUCGGACGGCCAAGGAAAAUGGAGGGUGAGAGGGCUGAAAACAUCCCUUAUGGUGAAUCAGAUACUGGCUGCCGCGUGGAUGUGCAAACGCGAGACCACAUCCAGCAAGCCAAACGGUGGCUUACUAUGUGAUGUGAUGGGCUUUGGCAAGACUCUGUCAGCCCUAGCAUGCAUCGUGAACCGAAAAGUGCCCUCUGAGCCAGAAGGUCCAACUCUUAUUGUCGCCCCGAGAAAUUUGAUAUCCACCUGGAUGUCGCAGAUUCGCCAGCAUUGUGAGACCAGGGCAGCCGGCAGCGUCAUUGCACAUUGCUCCGGUUCACGCUUGGAAACCGAUGACCUCGCCUACUAUCUCGCACAACAGGGGAUUGUGUUGACAACGUACACGGAAAUAUCAUCCUCCUAUCCUAACCUAAAGCCGCCUCCGGGACUCAAGACUGAUGCCGCUAUCGAAGAAUGGUGGGAACAAGAAUAUGACGGGAAAGCAGGAGUCUUUCAUCAAAUCAACUGGCACAGGAUCAUUCUCGAUGAAGGACACAUGAUCAGGAACAGGAAUACCAGAACGUCGAUUGCGGUUCGUGCUCUAAGUGGAAACUACAAAUGGGCUUUAACCGGAACACCUUUGCACAACCGCGUUGACGAACUUUACGCUCUAUUUGCAUUCAUCGAGGCGCCCAACAGUGAACCCUACAAGGUUUUCAUGCACAACUAUUGCAACGGGACGCCUGUUGCGAAAGAGCGUUUGAUCAACAUGCUUCGUGCCAUCAUCCACCGCAAGACCCACGAGAGCCGUCACUUGGGAAGACCCCUUAUCGAGCUCAAAAAGUUUGAUCUAAAGGAGGUCAAGAUUGAAUUCUACCCAGUCGAAAGACAGAUCUACCACGCAAUCGCGGAGAGGUUCCUCGCGAAAGUCAAUGUUACUCGAAAGCAAAAGCAGAAGAAGUGCAUUUUGACGAUGAUCCUGAAGCUACAGAUGUUCUCCAGUCAUCCACUUACCGCAGAAGAUUACCUCAAGCGAGUGUGCUAUUCCGACAGCGCGCUAGAUGCAAAGCUGAAGGGUUGGAUAAAAGACGAAACGAGUCCAGGAAAACCAUCCCCAUCAAGCAUAAUUGCAAAAUGCUGCAUUGCAGGGAAAUACCAGACUAGUAUGCCUGUGGUUCCGUUGAGAUCUCGAGCAGCAAGCGAAAGUCUUCGACCACGGCCGGCUGGAAAACUCGAAGACCUCGUUGAUAAUUUCAAAAAGAAGAUCGAAGAAUGUAACAAAGCCGGCGCAUUCUACGAAGUUGAUAAUCGGGUAUGGUUUUGUCCUGGCUGUCGUGGUCUCCCAGCAAAGGCCAUUAUCACUGACUGUCAACACCUUUAUUGCGAGGAGUGUUUCGACGCACUCGCUGACAAGGAAGGGAACACCGAUGGUGUCGCUCGAUUGUGCCGCCGUUGCGUGGAGCCUAUCAAAACCGCUGCAUUCUACGGAAUAUACGAUGACGAUGACUUUGACACACCUCAACUGGAUGAUGCCGAGUCUUCUUCUGUUGGACCGGCCAGCCACCGAAAGCGACCAGCGCCAUCAGGUACGAGAAUGCCAGAGAAUUCUCAAACCAAGAAACGCCGGAAGGGUAAAAAGGAUGGGCAGACUUUUACAGAAUGGUUGUUGGCCGACGGAAACCCAACAUCUAGCGAUGAUAGCAACGAAGAGGAGAGCCGAGACGAGGUGGAAGAUGAAAGCCCUAUUGAGGGCGAUGUUCCCAAUGAGGAAGAGAACGAUAAAGGACAAGAUUGGAUAGCGGCAUUCGGGAAAUCCAUGCCAGGCUCCAAAUUCGAUGCAAUCACGUCUCAAGUGAAAAAGUGGUUCGAAGAAGACAGCACGGCCAAAAUCGUGAUUUUCACACAGUAUGUCAACAGCGCCAAGCUUCUAGGAUAUCUGUGUAAAGAAAAUGGCUGGAGUUACUCUGAGAUGACGGGCAAAAUGGCCAAUAGGUCACGGGAAAUCCACCUGGACAGGUUCCGGACGGACGAUGAAUGCAAGAUCAUGAUUGCUUCGAUCAAAACGGGUGGUCUAGGUCUUGAUUUCUCCGUGGCCAACAAGUGUAUCCUGGUUGAUCUAUGGUGGAACGAGGCUGUCCAAGACCAGGCAUUCUUACGUCUUUGGCGUCUUGGCCAACAGCGCGAUGUCGAAUGUAUCGUGCUCAUGAUCAAAGAAUCCAUUGACGACUGGAUGAUGGGUACCCAGAAAAGGAAAGCCAAGGAUAUCAGCGAGGUCAUGAGCCAGAGUGUACUCAUGGACCGAAACACACUACGAGAAUUGCUGGAGAUGUUCGGUGAAGUCGAUGAUGACCCCCAAAAGGGAUUCCAGGUCUAUUUACCGCCGAAGGAUACUUCCAAAAAUUCCUCGAAGACAGCCGACAAAGCAAAGGCUGCUAAGAAACGGAGUUAG